CAACAACACUUAGAACUAUGACCACUACAAAAGCUUCAGUCAUAACCACUACAACAGAGGCAUCCAUAAUUACUACUACCACAACCGUUGCACCUCCACCUCAAGUAUCAUCCACAACCACUAUUGCUUCAACUACGUUAUCUACACUCAGGCCUUCUUCUUCGUCCAUCGCUUUGCCUUCAUCUUCAGCUAUCAUUCCCUCCUCAAGCACAUCAUCUAGUAUUGCUCCCAUUACAACUUCUGCUAUAACUUCGUCUAGUUCCAUUGUACCUAGUUUGACAUCUUCUUUGACAUCUGCUACUUCCUCAUCCUCGACUAGUCCUAGUCCUACGAUGCCUGCUAAAAGUAACGAUACAAAUAAUACACCUAUUAUUAUAGGCUCUGUGGUUGGUGGUGUUGGUAAGUGUAACAUGUUAUGAUGCUGUUCUCAUUUUCUAUAGUGGGCCUCGCUUUAAUUGGAGGUUUGAUUGCUUGUAUCAAUCGUCGUGGUGGAUGUACUAAACGUACGGAGAAAAAGAAUGAUCUUGAAGAUUACGGUCUUGGCGAUUUCCCUCAUCAACGCACAUCUGGCCCUGCUCCUCCUAUGGUCAUGAACAAUAACAAGCCUGUAUCUCCUACUCUUCCUCGCCUAAACGAGCAAGGCAACUACUAUCAAGACGAUGCUUAUGGCUAUAGUAACCAUCAUGGUGUUCAUUAUGUGGAUAACAAUAUGGACUAUGGUAUGCAGCCUCAACAACAACAUUACUACUAUCCUCAGCAGGAGUAUUAUGAUGAUGGUGGAUAUUACUAUGAUAGUAAUACUUCAGGUACUGCCUAUUCUCCUCAAGCACCAAUGCAGCACAAUAGUUCUCCUAUGCAUUCUGGUGUUGUUGCUGGACAACAAUACAUGAUGAACAAUUCCAAUGUUCCUACGCUACCACAACAUAAUGUUUAUAAACCAGAUGAGGCUGGAAAAGCUUUACAUUAGAAAAAAAAAUAUACAUAAUUUAAUAAACAAUA